CUAUAUUAAAGGACGCACCAGAUGACUUGGGCAUGAGGCAAAUUUCCGGGCUUAUUUGCAGUUCUCUGUUGUUUCGUUUCUCUUUCACUGGAACAGUGCAUGUCGGAGCUUUUCACACACAGAGAAGCAGAACGGACAGAUCAGUCAUCAGCCAUGGCUUCUAUCAGCAGCUCUAACACAGCCUUUGCCUUGGAGCUGUACCGCACUCUGGGUCAGACCAACACAGGGAACGUCUUCAUCUCCCCAUUCAGUAUCAGCUCAGCUCUGGCCAUGGUCUACCUGGGAGCUAAAGGAGACACAGCUGCUCAGAUGGCAAAGGUUCUGUCAUUCAACUUGACUAAAGACGUCCACACAGAUUUCCAGACACUCAAUGGAGAUAUCAACUCUCCCUCUGCAUCUUACAUCCUGAAACUGGCCAAUCGCCUGUAUGGAGAGAAGACCUGCAACUUCCUGACUGAGUUUUUAGAAUCCACCCACAAGUUCUACCAUGCAGACAUGAAGGCAGUGGAUUUCCUCGGAGCAGCAGAGGAGGCCAGAGGAGAGAUCAAUGGCUGGGUGGAGCUGCAGACAGCGAAUAAAAUCAAAGAUCUGCUGAAGCCGGGGACAGUCAGUGCUAUGACAAGGUUGGCUCUAGUCAAUGCCAUCUACUUCAAAGGAAACUGGCUGAAUCGAUUUGACCAAAAAGACACCAAAGAGAUGCCCUUCAAACUAAACCAGAAUGAAAGCAAGCCAGUUCAGAUGAUGCACCAGAUGAAGAAGUUCCCCUUUAACUACGUCCCAGAUUAUAACCUCCAGAUCGUGGAGCUUCCGUAUGUGGACGAGGAGCUCAGUAUGUUUGUCCUGCUACCUGAGGAGGCCACUGAUGGAUCUGAUCCCCUAGUGAAGCUGGAGAGAGAGCUGACCAUGGAGAAACUGGACGAGUGGACCAGCAGGGACAACAUGGACACGGGCACAGAGGUCAUAGUUCACCUGCCCAAGUUUAAACUGGAGGAGGACUACGAGCUGAACGAGCCCCUGACCCAGCUGGGCAUGAAGGACGUGUUUGAGGGGGGCAGGGCCGACCUGUCUGGGAUGAACGGGGAGGGGGGGCUCUUCCUGUCUACGGUGGCCCAUAAGGCCUUUGUGGAGGUGAACGAGGAGGGGACGGAGGCUGCCGCCGCCACUGCUGGGAUAGUAGCGUUCUGUAUGAUCCGAGAGGAACACUUCACAGCUGACCAUCCCUUCCUUUUCUUCAUCAGGCAUAACAAGAGCAAAAGCAUCCUCUUCCUCGGCAGAUUCUCCUCUCCUCAGUAGAAGACUGGUUAAAAAAAGCAUAAAGAUUUAAUUUAAUUUCUAACAUUUAUUUGACAGGGACAAAUGAACAUCAUUCAACAUUUCUGUAAAUGUGGCAGAUUUAGCAAGCUAGCUAGUAGCUAGUUCCAUCAGCCCUUGAUUGAAUCCGCUAUAAAAAAAAAAAAAAAAAAUAAAAUGUCUAUAUUUGUCUGUUUGAAAAGUAUUAUUGUGUGCGAUCUUGGUUCCCUUAUACACUUAUUUUGACAACAGAGCAAUCUGGGAUUCAAAUAACAAGGGGGAGAAGUAAACAGCUGAGAGUUGGGUCUGGAAAAAUGUAGUCAAGUAGCCUUGCACAAGCUGAUAAGACUGCUCAUCAAGGAGCCUGUCUUCUGUUUCUGUAGCGUGAGGCAGCUUGUAUUCCCCCUGGACAGGAUGCUAGUCUAUUGCAGGGACUUACCCCAAUCUGUCUACUUAAUGCUGAGUGCUAAGCAGAUAUGCACUGGGUACUAUUUUUACAGUCCUUGCUUGGUAUGACUCGGCCGGGGAUCGAGCCACUCAAAACACAAGGUCUCUGAAAUGAUUGAACAAAUGCAACCACUCAAAUACAUAGGCAGAGCUAUAGAUGCAAGGACCGACCAUCCAUUUUUAACCAUGUUUUGAAGCUGUGUUUGUUUACAAUAUCAUAACAGAGUUGAACUAAACUAAUGAGAAGGAUGUAUGAGAUGUAUUCAGAAAUCAAUGGCUAUCCAGUGCAUUAAAAACCUAUCCAGACCCCA